GUUAAUGCAUAUACGUGAAUUAUAAACAACUCUACUGGUUUUGUAUUAAUAUUUGUGGUCUUUAGACGGGUUUUUAGCAAUAAAACUUAUAAAAAGAGAGCAUAAACAGAAUGGAUGAUUCUUUGGACUGUAAAAAACUAACUGUAAACUUUGUGUUGCAUAUGCGUUGGCAGUAACCAUCAAAUUAUUGUUGUAAUUUUUUUUUAAAGACUUUGUUAUAACUUAUAUCGGUUGUAGACUUGUAGUUGUAAGUUUGUGAAAUUAGAUAUUUUAAAAUACGAUGUGGAUGCAGGGACUUGACCCUAGGUGUACUGCUAGUCUCUUUUUAGACGCGGUUUGUAUCGGCGAACAGACCGUUAACGGCGAAGACUGUUUCGUCUUAAAGGUAGAGACACCAGCAGAUAUACUCAAGGCGCAGUGUUCGGCCAACACGGAGGUGAUCCACCACACGGUGUGGGGUUACUUCAGCCAAAGGACGGGACUUCUGGUAAAGUUUGGUGACACAAAGCUCGUGAGAGUCAGAUCCGCUAGGGGCAAAAACGACGGCGUUUUCUGGGAGACAAGCAUGGAAUCGAUCAUUGAUGAUUACAUGUACGUUGACUCGGUCAACAUAGCUCACGGUGGUCGAACGUUGACCACGCUUUAUCGAUACGGGGGAGCGGUUAAUCAUCGGAGAAGAAUUGAGGAGAAGUGGAAGAUUGAGGAAGUGGAUUUUAAUUUUAGUGGGCUGUGUUUGGAGAGCUUCUUGCCACCGUCUGAUAUGAGCAAUGAUCAGUAGCAACGGUCGAGAUCGUUAACCUCUUCUUCUAUGUUAGAUGGGUUCGUUUUUUGAAAAUCAGGAACGAGCAAAGGUACACACACUCGAGAUUUGGUAAACGUGCGAGUGGUUGGAUAUCGUACUUGUAAAAGUACUUCUUAAUCGUCAUGAGUUUUUUUGUUAUUGUUUAGUCGGAAG